AUGGAACAAAGGGAAGGCAAAGCACGGAAGGACCGGCGGUGUUGGUUCGUCUUCAUAAUUGUUUUGGUUAUUUUAUGUAGCGGAGCUUUUGCACAGAUCAGAUAUUCCAUAUCUGAGGAGGUUCAAGAAGGAACCAUCGUGGGACAUAUAGCUAAGGAUUUGGGGCUUGAUAAGAGUGCACUCACAGGCAGAGGAUACCGCAUUGUAACAGGCUCAACGGAAUCACUGUUCCAGGUGAAUCAAAACGAUGGCAUCCUGUAUGUGAAAAGAAGGAUAGACAGGGAAGAGGUGUGCGAACGAAGCAGUGCAUGCACCAUCAACCUAAAAACCGUGCUAGAAAACCCACUAGAGAUUCACUAUGUGGCAGUGGAAAUACUAGAUAUAAAUGAUCAUUCUCCCGUUUUUCCAGAGAAAGAGAAAAGGCUUGAAAUUUCGGAGUCGGCUCUACCGGGAGCGAGAUUUCAGCUACAGGCCGCGCGUGACCCCGAUGUGGGCCAAUUCGCCAUUCAGCAAUAUAAACUCAGUCAUAAUGAAUAUUUUAGAGUAGAAGUAAAGGACCGUGGCAAAGACCACAAAAUACCGUUCUUAGUUCUGCAGAAGCAGUUAGACAGAGAAACAAAUGAGAAGCACAAGUUACGUUUAACAGCCGUUGAUGGAGGGAAACCGGCGAAAUCAGGUGAUAUAGAAAUCACUGUGGAUGUACUUGAUAUUAAUGACAAUUCCCCAGUGUUCACCAAAGAGCUGUAUUCUGCUACACUUAAAGAAAACAUCCCCACUGGCACUGUAGUCAUUCAAGUGAAUGCAACAGAUUUGGACCAGGGUGCAAACGGUGAAAUAAUAUAUUCAUUCGGUAACGAAGUCGAUCCAAAAAUAAUGGAGCUUUUUAGUAUAGAUGCAAACACUGGCGAAAUUCAUGUAACAGGUAAAUUAGAUUUCGAGAAAAGUACAAGUUAUGAAAUUGAUAUUCAGGCAUCUGAUAAGGCACAUGUUCCAUUAAAAACUGGCAAGAGUGUUGUGAUAACCGUUGCUGACGUGAAUGACAAUGCACCUGAGAUAGAAGUGACAUCAUUUUCUAGUUCUAUCAAGGAAGAUUCAAAGAUAGGAACUACAGUGGCCCUCAUUAGUGUCACUGAUUUAGACUCUGGAAUCAAUGGUAAGGUCAUUUGCGCAAUCAAACAAGGAGUCCCGUUUACGUUAUCUCCAUCAUUACAAGAAAAUAUGUACGCUAUAGUUACCAUCUCCCAGUUAGACAGAGAAAUUACUUCGCAAUAUGAUGUCACGAUUAUUGCAAAAGAUUCAGGUGAACCUCCCCAUUUAACUGAAAAGACUAUAAGCGUGGUUAUAUCAGAUGUAAACGACAACAGUCCAGAGUUUUCAACAAGUCCUUACACGUUUUAUAUCACAGAGAAUAACAGCCCAGGAGCCUCCGUAUUUGCGGUGACAGCCUCUGAUCGUGAUGAAAAUGACUGUGCACGCGUUUCCUAUCAUAUCAUCAGAGACGGAAGUGAAGAUAAUAAAAUCAGUUCAUUUCUAAAUAUAAACUCGGAUAAUGGGGAGAUUUUAGCGCUGAAAAGUUUUGAUUUUGAAACGCUGAAAACUUUCCAGUUCAAAGUUGUUGCCUCAGAUUCGGGAACUCCGCCACUAAGCAACAACGUCACAGUCAACGUCUUCAUCCUGGAUCAGAACGACAACGCUCCAGUCAUCCUGUAUCCACUCACCUCCAACGGCUCUGCUCAAGGUGUGGAGGAGAUUCCCCGAAACGUCAACGCAGGACACUUGGUGACUAAAGUCAGAGCCUAUGACGCUGAUAUAGGAUAUAACGGCUGGUUGCUCUUUUCACUGCAGGAAGUGACUGACCACAGUCUCUUUGCUUUGGACCGCUAUACAGGACAGAUCAGAACACUUCGCUCAUUCACAGAGACAGACGAGGCUGAGCAUAAACUGCUCAUACUGGUCAAAGACAACGGCAACGUUUCUCUCUCAGCAACAGCUACUGUGAUUGUCAAACUUGUGGAGCCCAAAGAGGCUUUUGCAUCUUCUGAUGUUAAAAGUACAGCAAAAGAUGAUGAGGACAGUAAUGUGAUUUUUUACCUUAUGAUAACUUUGGGCGCAGUUUCUGUACUUUUUCUCGUCAGCAUCAUCGUGCUGAUUGCAAUGCAGUGCUCCAAAUCCACAGACUAUACUUCUAAAUAUCUGCCAGAGACUAAUUAUGAUGGGACCCUGUGUCACAGCAUCCAGUACAGAUCAGGAGAGAAGCGGUACAUGCUAGUUGGACCCAGAAUGAGUAUAGGAUCUACUAUAGUCCCUGGAAGCCAUGCAAAUACACUCGUGCUUCCUGAUAGGAGGAGAACAUCUGAGUUCCAAGUUGUUGCCUCAGAUUCUGGAACUCCGUCACUAAGCAACAACGUCACAGUCAACGUCUUCAUCCUGGAUCAGAACGACAACGCUCCAGUCAUCAUGUAUCCACACAGCUCCAACGGCUCUGCUCAAAGUGUGGAGGAGAUUCCCCGAAACGUCAAUGCAGGAUACUUAGUGACUAAAGUCAGAGCCUAUGACGCUGAUAUAGGAUAUAACGGUUGGUUGCUCUUUUCACUGCAGGAAGUGACUGACCACAGUCUCUUUACUUUGGACCGCUAUACAGGACAGAUCAGAACACUUCGCUCAUUCACAGAGACAGACGAGGCUGAGCAUAAACUGCUCAUACUGGUCAAAGACAACGGCAACGUUUCUCUCUCAGCAACAGCUACUGUGAUUGUCAAACUUGUGGAGCCCAAAGAGGCUUUUGCAGCUUCUGAUGUUAAAAGUGCGACAAAAGAUGAUGAGGACAGUAAUGUCAUAUUUUACCUCAUGAUAACUUUGGGUGCAGUUUCUGUACUUUUUCUCGUCAGCAUCAUCGUGCUGAUUGCAAUGCAGUGCUCCAAAUCCACAGACUAUACGUCUAAAUAUCUGCCAGAGACUAAUUAUGAUGGGACACUGUGUCACAGCAUCCAGUACAGAUCAGGAGAGAAGCGGUACAUGCUAGUUGGACCCAGAAUGAGUAUAGGAUCUACUAUAGUUCCGGGCAGUCAUGCAAAUACACUAGUGCUUCCUGACAGGAGACGCACAUCUGAAGAGGAAGAACAGGACUGUUUACAAUAG